UCUUCUUCUUCGUGUAGCCCGACAAGCUUCCCCCCAAGCCACCGACUUCUAUUUCUUGAGAAAAUUGGUAACAAGCUUGAUUUUUUCCCUUCCUUUUCUUGUUAAAGAACUGAUUUUAGGACCUAGAACCCUCCCUUUGAAGUAGGAAUUUCCAGAUUUGCUCGGCUCUUCCUCCCCUGUCCGCCGGUGCUGCUAGCUCCCGUGACAUCCCUUCCCCUUUCCCGAUUUCUGCCAAGCUCGCCAGAUCCGGCUUCUAUUGCCGGAAAUAUUCUGGUAAGUUAACAACCCUCCAAGCGUGAAAUUUCAUCAAUUAAUUACUGCCUUGUGUUGUUGAAUUUUAUCAAUUUGUUGCUGCCCCGUGUUGUCCGAAUGCUGUCCGAAUUUCUACAGAAAUAUGGAAGAAUUCAGUAGCAUAAAAUGGGUUUUGGGUUGCUAAUUCGUGUAGAAUUCUGUGCGGUUGUCCCAGGAAUCAUUUUUGCUGUUUGAAGUUGUUUUUAUGCCAUUUUAGUUAUCCUGGAGAAAUUGUUCUGAUUGAUUGCUGGUAGAUGGAAAUUUGUGGCAACGAAAAUUAUGAAAAUUUCCUUGAUUAGCUACUGCUUUGCCAAAGAUGGAAAAUUGAAUAAAAGCCAUGCUCCCCAUUGUUUUCCGUGAGUUUGGGAAGCUUUAAAUAUAUGUAAAUGUGUGUAUAUUUAAUUGUUAAAUAUAUAGAUAAUGAAGAGCCUUGCAUUAUGAGGGGGUCAUCAUCUUGAAAAAUGUCAUCAACCUCUCAUGAAGAUGAGCUUAAACCUUGGAUUGACAUCAACAAUUCCAUGUUCAACAUUGACACGUAUUCCUUGGGCCGUGUCAUACCAAUCACAAUUAAAUAAUAUUACAGUCUCUUGUUGGCUUGAGUAUCCAUGAAGCAAUAACUCGAUCACUUUUUUUAAGACACUAUAAUAAUCAGUUUCAUCUGUAGAAUUAAUGGUAAUUCCUUUAACACAAACACUACAGUUAUAUGUGUUUCUAUUAUUAGUAAACUUUUCAGUAAAAAUUCUGAAGUUGU